AUGUCCAGCUCUCUUCUCCUCAUCGUCUCAAUCUUCUUCUCCGUCGUUGGCUUACCGUCGUGCUUCUCCGUCGAUCAACAGUACGAGGAGUGCCGAUCACCUCCGACAUGCGGAUCUGGACCAUCGUUGUUCCCGAACAUCACUUACCCAUUUUGGGGUGAUAACAUCGGCAAACCCAACUUCUGCGGCCAAAAAGAGUUCGAGCUUUCCUGUGAGGAGAACCAAAACCUAACCAUAGAGAUCAAAAAUCUCACUCUUCGCAUCGUUUCUGCGAAUCUGAGUGAUAAGACAAUCACCGUAGCCGAUGACAGUUUGGUCGAGGGUGGUUGUCCAAAGAUUUGGGAAUUCAACGGCGAUGAUCGGUUCGCAUUAAGCCCUAAAACAGAGAAGAUCGAUCUAUUCGAUUGCCGCGGUAAUCCCCGGCCAGCAUCAUCGCUGUCAACAAUUUCUUGCCAAGAAAGCAACGAACCUCAGAGAAGAUAUCAUGUCUUUGAAUCGUCUAAUCCUCCCCUAAAUUGUACCAAGGCUGGAGAAAUUCCGAUGCUUGGCUCUGCUAAGAACGUUCUUCUCCAGUCGAAUGGCUCGAAUCAAGCUUUGAGGAUAGCUUUGGGAAAAGGGUUCGAGUUGAGGUACAAUAUAGAAGAUAAGUUUUGCCAGGAUUGUACCGAUUCCAGUGGGAUUUGUGGUUCUGAGUCAAGGUCGGGAACUUUCCGGUGUCUGUGUUCAGACAAGCCUCACAAGUUAUCCUGUAAGAUUAACGACAAAGGUUAG